AUGCCCGCCGUCUCGGAGGUGUUUAUCCCUGCGUCGCUCUUCGAUGCCAACAACGCAACCAUUCCAUGGGUAUAUCCAAGCGAAAUCGUCGAGUUUGCCCAACGGCUUCGGCUUCGUGGCAUACAAGUCGAUGAGACGCAGGGCAAUGGCUUGCCACCCGACGCCCAGAUGCAUGACCGCGCGGCCACCAUUCCCGCUGUUGUCGUGUCCCCAAGAGGCGAAUGGGGCAUUGUACAGGCUUUGAAAGCCAUGAAAGACCUGGAUCUCUACAACAAGAUGCCCGUCUCGGUCAAGAGCGGAGGCCACGGCUACUUCAACGGAGCGACCUGCGCCGGCAUCAUGCUGAACCUGGUACACAUGACGGACAGCCGCGUCGACGGCGACGUCCUCACGCUGGGACCGGGAUGUGUCUUGGGCCAAACCAUUGACAUUCUGGCCAGGCACGGCAAGGCUGUCCCGCACGGCGACUGCUACGGCGUCGGGGCCGGCGGCCACUUCACCACGGCAGGCUGGGACCUCCUCCUGACGCGCCGCUACGGGAUCGGCUGCCAGUCCGUCGUCGGCGGGCGCGUCGUCCUCUGGGACGGGACCGUCCUGGACGUGGACGAGAGCAGCCACCCCGAGCUUCUGUACGCGAUGCGCGGCGGCGCCGCUGCCGGCGUGGGAGUCGUCUCCGAGAUCCGGCUCCGCGUCAUGGACGAGCCAGCCCGCGCAACAUGGCGCCUCACGCCGCUUACCAAGGCGCAGCUGCAGCAGUGCGUGGCCAGCCGCGUCUUCUCAAGGGCCGUGUCGCUCCCAGAAGACGUGACCGUGUCCUUUCGCUUCUUCUUUGAGCCGCAUCAGGAGGAGCCCGUGUGCUCCUUCAACAUCUUUAGUCUCCUGACGGUGGCCGAAACCAUCAAGCACCUGCAUCAGCACCUCGGCGCCGAGGCUGCGUCGCUGGUUGACGACGCGGCUCUGUGGAACGAAAGGAAACUGCUGGACCUCCGCCUGCUCCCGGCAUCGAGCAUGUUGUCUGCCGACCCCGGCAUGCUCUCGGAGCUCUCGUCCACCAGGCUGCACGACAGCCCGCAUCUCUUCUGGAACAGGGGCAUGGUGCAGCGGGAGAUGGGCAGCUCGUUCCUGGAGACGUCGUCGCACUGGGUCAGGACGGACUGCGAGGCCAUGCUGCCCGAGGUGUACGCGCGGCUCGAGGCCGUCAAGCACUCGCCGAUGCGUGAGAGGAUGUACGUCUUCCUUGUCCUCGGGGGAGGCGAGAGCCUGCGGCGACAGCGCGACUGCGCCAUGCCCCUGGGCAGGGCUUUGGCGAGGUUCGAGCUCCAUUGGGACCACGAGCAGGACGCAGACGAGUGCCGCACUUUUGCAGGCACCGUUUCCGACGUGCUGCGCUCUCAGGAAGACGCCGGCGUUGACCGGCCGUUCAGGGGCGACAUUUGGCGGCAGGAUCAGGCAUACAGCGAGCAUGAUUGCUUGCAUGCCAUCUCGAGACGGUUUGAUAGGCGUCGGGGCAGAGGACCACGCGACAUGAGGUUGUGA